AUGGGUAUUUCUCGAGACUCUCGCCACAAGAGGGCAGCAACUGGUGCCAAAAGAGCCCAAAUCCGUAAAAAGAGAAAAUUCGAAUUGGGUAGACAAUCUGCAAACACAAAAAUCGGAGCAAAACGAAUUCACGUCGUCAGAGUUCGUGGUGGUUCCCUCAAACACCGUGCCUUACGAGUAGAAUCCGGUAACUUCUCUUGGGCUUCUGAAUCCAUCUCCAGGAAGACUCGUGUCAUCAACGUUGCUUACAAUGCUUCAAACAAUGAGUUGGUCCGUACAAACACUUUAGUCAAGGGUUGUAUUGUACAAGUCGAUGCUGCUCCAUUCAGACAAUGGUAUGAAUCACAUUACGCUUUGCCAGUCGGUCGAAGAGGCAAAAAGGCCACUGAAGCUGCUGCUGCUACACCAGCUGCUGGUACAACUCCAGCUCAUGGUCACCAGCAUGAAGACCAACUACACAAGAAGCGAUCUGCUCACGUCUUACGUAAAGUGGAAGCUCGCAAAGCUGACGCCAAGGUUGACCCCAACUUGGAUGAACAAUUCGUCACUGGUCGUAUCUAUGCUUGUCUGUCAUCACGCCCUGGUCAAUCUGGUCGUGCUGACGGGUAUAUCCUUGAGGGUAAGGAGCUUGACUUCUACCUCAGGAAAAUCCGAAUGAAGAAGGGCCAAUAG